UUCCUUGUGCAUAUGAAGCAAGCUGCCCCAGAAGCCAUCACACGGUUCUGGCCGCAAAGACUGGUCGACGAGUCCACAUUGGACACGAGCUCACGCGAUCUUCAAGGAUUCUACCUAUUUGGAUUGGGAUCUCCUUCGAGUGGGGCCAAUGCUCAGACUGCAGAUACCGAAUCUGCCAUCUUGAACUGCUUACGGAGCUUUGAACUCAAGAAGCGCGAAUUACCGGCCCAUCUACUUCCGGAUCCAUUCGUCUGGUCUGAUAAUGGUGUGGAUUCUCCGGAUGCAGACGAAGAGGAAGAUCUACAGAGAGAUCUAGUCUUACCGGAAGUUGCCGAUCAAGAAGAACAAGCUGAUCCAGAAGAAUCUUGGGAUGAUUUCAAGCCUGUUUCAGCAGCACAACGGAAACGAGCAGCGGCUUCCAAGUCAAAAUCCACCCCUCAUAUCGCCUCCGGGAAACUGCGAACUAGUUCGGACGUGUACAACCGCCUUAUGUGGGAUACUACUGGUCCUGUAUCGAAGGAUGGGUAUGUCAUUGGAUACGAGGACAGGUUUCUAGGUGUCAAGGAAGCCCCACUCACUGCAUGGAAGCGAGAGGUCGAAGACGAGUCAUUCGUAAGCAUGAAUUCCGUAGAUCGGCAGACGAGCUCACUUGAAAAUGACCAGAAUGGAGAUUAUAACGCGAUCAUGAAGCGAUUGGAAGAAGAACUUGACACUCUCCUUGCAUACAAAGCAUCCUUAGAACAAGAAAUCAGGACCAUACUCGACGAUUAUCUAUUAAAUAGUACUAUAUUGGUCUCAAGACUCCCAAUAGAACUCUUUACCGAAGUUCUGGCUUGGGUAAUAACGUCAGAACCAAGCUCUAUCACAAGCCUGAAGCUCGUUUGUCGCGCUUGGUACAGGGCGAUUAUCGACACCCCACAGCUUUGCACCUCAAUUCGCGUCAUUAUACCUGGUCGUUUGGACGAUAUCGCUGCCUGCGUGGCUUUCUGCAAGACUGCCGUCCAAAGAAGUGGCCAGCUUCCUCUCGAUAUCAAAGUCAAUUACUCACAUUUACCAAACUUUGAGACCAGGUGUGAAGCGAAAUUCAAAAGAGAAUGGGUGGAACCUGAAGACAAAAGUUCAUCACUCCGAUGGAAAAAUCAUUUCCUCCGAAUAGACGGUUUGGAUCACCCUGUCCCCCGUCACCUUUUACCCCUUAUUCUCAAACCUUUGGUUACCCUUGUUGGUGACAAAGGUACGAUCAUGUCGAGAUGGAGGACAUUCGACCUUAUCGCCAAUAAUUUCUGGUAUGUCCAAGGUUGGGGCCAGGGCACCCUUUCAAGAGCCAUAUUCAUGAUAGAAGCUAUGGGAAAGCCCACACCACUUUUAGAAAGCCUCUCUAUUCAGUAUCGAGGUCUACGAGGCGGA